AUGGCAACAACAGCACUGACCGGUUUCUCAAUGAUGAGCCUGCUCAGCCUUGGGUACCUUAGCUGGGAUGUGAUGAGCCCCAACCAAGUAGAAAUUGAGCAGGACCAGACUCUCACCGACAAGUCUUCUGUCCCCUUACCACCUCAUAUAAUCUUCAUCAUGACAGAUGAUCAAGGAUUCAAUGAUAUCGGAUACCAUGGUUCAGACAUCAAGACACCAGUGCUGGAUAAACUUGCAUCAGAUGGAGUGAAGCUUGAGAAUUAUUACCUCCAGCCCAUCUGCACCCCGUCCAGAAGUCAGUUCAUCACUGGCAGGUAUCAAAUUCACACUGGUCUCCAGCAUUCAAUCAUCCGUCCCCGCCAGCCAAACUGCCUUCCCUUUGACCAGGUGACCCUCCCGCAGAGGCUUCAGGAGCUCGGCUACUCCACCCAUAUGGUGGGGAAGUGGCACCUGGGUUUCUACAAAAAGGAGUGUUUACCUUCCCGUCGUGGUUUCGACUCAUACUUUGGAUCCUUGACAGGCAGUGUUAACUACUAUACCUACGAUUCCUGUGAUGGCCCAGGAAUGUGUGGCUAUGACCUCCAUGAAGGCGAAUCGGUAGCCUGGGAUCAGAGGGGCAGAUACUCCACUCAUUUGUACACUCAGAGGGUUCGUAAGAUCCUAGCAACCCACGAUCCUAAGUCUCAGCCACUCUUCAUUUUCCUCUCCUUUCAAGCUGUUCACACACCUUUACAGUCCCCACGGGAAUAUAUCUACCCGUAUAGUGCGCUGGAAAAUGUUGCCCGAAGGAAGUACGCCGCGAUGGUUUCAGCGGUAGAUGAGGGAGUCCGAAAUAUAACUUAUGCACUCCGCAAAUAUGGAUACUACCAGAACAGUGUCCUUAUUUUCUCCACUGACAAUGGUGGCCAGCCUUUGUCUGGUGGAAGUAACUGGCCACUUAGAGGGCGUAAAGGAACCUACUGGGAGGGUGGUAUCCGGGGUCUGGGCUUUGUCCAUAGUCCUCUGUUGCAGAAGAAGAAGAGGGUGAGCAAAGCAUUGGUGCAUAUUACUGACUGGUAUCCGACUCUGGUGGGAUUAGCAGGUGGAAAUGAGUCACUAACUGAGGGUCUGGAUGGCUAUAACGUCUGGGAAGCAAUCAGCGACGGGAAGGAGUCCCCUAGAUUGGAGAUCCUUCACAAUAUUGACCCAUUAUAUAAUCGUGUACGCAGUGGUUCUCUCCAGAAAGGAUAUGGAAUUUGGAAUACAGCCAUUCAGGCAUCAAUACGGACAGGAGAUUGGAAACUCCUGACAGGAGACCCUGGUUAUGGAGACUGGAUCCCACCACAGACUCUUCCAGGUUUUCCCAACAGCUGGUGGAAUCUUGAACGCCACACCAAACCCAAGAAAUCAUUGUGGCUUUUCAACAUUUCUGGGGACCCAUACGAGCGUUUUGAUCUUUCUGAGCAAAGACCAGACGUUGUCAAAGAGCUGUUAGUCAGACUGGUGUUCUACAACCGAACUGCCGUGCCAGUGAGGUACCCGCCAGAGGACCCGCGAGCUGACCCCAAAUUGAACGGAGGCGCUUGGGGUCCCUGGGUGGGAGAUGAAGAGGAAGACAGCUGGAAUAGUGUUUACAUUAAAAAGAACAUGGAUUUGAAGAAGAAGGCUAAGUUAUCUAAAAGUCGGUCCUUUUUCAGAAGACUUAACACAAGGAUCAUGUCCAACAGAAUAUAA